AUGUCGGCUAUCGGAGCGCUUCGCGAGCUGGAGAAGGACAAAAAGGCAUCCAACAAUACCGGUCUCAAGGAAUUGUUCAUGAACUUGCCGACCCGGAUUCGCCAGUCUGGUCCCGUCAAGGGCGGCAUAAACUUUGCUAUUAAGAGCUGGAAGAAUUCUGGCCGGUGGCUGUGGGUUUUAUCAACGACAUUGUUGGUGACGUUAGUGCCCCUUAGCAUUGAAAUGCUGCGUGAGGAGCAGACUAACGAAGUGGUAAAGGAGCUGGUGAGCAAGGGCUUCAGCUACAACCAGAUCCAGGGCAUGGGCUACAUGGUGUCGCAGCCAGAGAGCACGCUCGCGGCUCCUGCUGAGGGCUCCCUCCAGUAA